CGCACUGAGACAGUUCUCGUGCCAAAGACCGGAAAGAAGUCAUGUGCUUGUCCCGUGAUCAAAUGCGGAAGUGUUGAAAUAUAUCCAUAGCGACAACAGUUCACCCUCUCUAUUUCAUAUAGAUUUUGCUGUUUUAUUUGCCCUAUUUCUCAGAGAAAUGGAAGGAUAUGCCAAAACAUCACUUAGCACCACGUAUGCUGGAGCCCCGGAUUUCAGAGGGAAUGACAGUUCUCUGGUAUCUGCUCUGAAAACUCUUCUCUUCUUCACCAUCCUGAUGGUCACCCUGCCCAUAGGACUGUACUUCGCAUCAAAGGCAUACAUCUUUGAAGGUUCCCUACAGAUGUCUAACUCAGACAGUUAUUUCUAUGCUGCCAUCGUAGCUGUGCUGGCUGUACAUGUGGUUCUGGCUUUGUUUGUCUACGUCGCCUGGAACGAGGGCUCCACCAAGGACAAGGGGAAACACGACUAAGCCUUAACCUGGCCGUGCUGCUGGCCCAGAGAAGGCCUGGACCAAGCCACUUCCAGCCCCCACCCUGUCUGGCUUCUCUCCAGCCCCCACCCUGCCUGGCUUCUCUCUAGCCCCCACCCUGCCUGGCUUCUCUCCAGCCCCCCUGUUUGACCAGCCCCCAACCCAGCCCCCUGUUUGACCAGCCCCCUGUUUGACCAUUCCCCAGCCCCUAACCCAGCCCCUUGUUUGACCAUCCCCCACCCCAGCCCCUUGUUUGACCAGCCCCCACCCCAGCCCCCUGUUUGACCAGCCCCCACCCCGGCCCCCUGUUUGACCAGCCCCCACCCCAGCCCCCUGUUUGACCAGCCCCCACCCCAGCCCAACAGCCAUGGAGGGGUUCAUACCGAGUCCAUCUCCUGGUGUUAGGAGAGAAUAAUGUAUUGGGUGUUUCUGAGCUUCUGCUCAGUGUAUUUUGUAACAGACUGAACACCUUCCCUGUAAUGUGUUACAGCCCGUUAGAGGGCGUGUCAUAAACUGGGCCCUGGCCAGAGACGGCUGUGAAAUGCCAGUUCACAACUGGAGCGUGCAUGUAGAAAUGUAUUGUCUGCGUCCAACCCUAUUCCCUAUUUAAUGCACUAUGUUUGACCAGGGCCCCGUAAGGCUGCUUGACCAGGGCCCCGUAAGGCUGCUUGACCAGGGCCCCGUAAGGCUGCUUGACCCGGGCCCCGUAAGGCUGCUUGACCCGGGCCCCGUAAGGCUGCUUGACCCGGGCCCCUUAAGGCUGUUUGACCAGGGCCCCGUAAGGCUGCUUGACCAGGGCCCCGUUGACCAAACGUAGUGGAUUAUACAGGGAAUAAGGUGCCAUUUUGUUUUCUGUGUGUUUACAUCAUGUCACUGCUGUUGUGGUUGGAUCUGUCCUUGUUGGCCGGAUUCAUUUAAGAAUGUUGUGUUUUCGUGCAACUGUCUGUAGACGUUUAUUUUUGGUUGUAAUUUGAUGUCUCCAGAACUGUAGUAUAAUCGUCAGGGUACUCAAGAGUAGUAUUUCAAGUCCAGAGUGUUUGUUACGAUGAAACAUUAAACAAAUCAAAUGAUCCAUA